CCCACUCCUCCCACUGUCUUUUCCCUCGUCUCCUCUCGCUCUCCCUCUCCGUCGAUCUGCAUCCUCUCCGCCCCUCAUCCUCAGCUUCCAUUCACAUUAUUUGCCCAUCUCUCCUUCACUCCCUCCUUGUUGUGUUUCUCUCUCUCUCUCUGUCUUGUCGGUCGUGCUCUCGCCUCCCAAACCUCCAUCCCUUCUUUUCGUCCAACCUUCCUCUCCUCCUCUCCCACCUCCUCCUUCCGUAGCUCUUCAAAGCUGCCGAGCACACGCUCGCACUUAGCAUAACACAGCCCUCUCCUGUGUAGGUAACAAUGUCAGCUAUUUUGGAUCUGGACCAGAUUGCAAGCUGUGGCAAUGGAGUGGAGCAUGACAUUGAGACUCCUCAUGGCCUUCUUCAUGUGACGAUGAGAGGCGUUCCCAAGGGCAACAGACCCAUCAUCCUCACCUAUCACGACAUUGGUCUCAAUCACAAGUCGUGCUUCAACACCCUGUUCAAUUAUGAGGACAUGCAGGAGAUUACGCAGCACUUUGCAGUGGUCCAUGUGGAUGCGCCCGGCCAGCAGGAGGCUGCACCCCCCUUCCCCAGUGGCUAUCGCUAUCCAACUAUGGAUGAGUUGGCUGAAAUGCUACCCUCUGUGAUGACUCAGCUCAAAGUUAACAGCGUCAUCGGCAUCGGCGUGGGAGCAGGAGCAUACGUUCUCUCCCGGUUUGCUCUGAACAAUCCCACGCUGGUGGAGGGCCUGGUGCUCAUCGAUGUCGACCCGUGUGCCGAAGGCUGGAUCGACUGGGCAGCUUCAAAACUGUCUGGAUGGACCAGUAACCUGGUGGAUAUUAUCAUGGCUCAUCAUUUUAGCUCUGAUGAGCUCACUGAGAACCAGGAGCUGAUCCAGACUUACCGUUUACAUAUCGCCCAGGACAUCAACCAGGACAACUUGGCCCUCUUCUGUGGCUCGUACCAAUAUCGCCAGGACCUAGACAUUGAGCGGCCAGUCGUUGGUUUGAAUGAGGACACUGUAAAAACGCUCACCUGCCCUGCUUUGCUUGUGGUUGGCGAUACAUCGCCUGCUGUGGACGCUGUGGUGGAGUGCAAUUCCAGGUUAAAUCCAACAAAGACGACCCUGCUAAAGAUGGCUGACUGUGGAGGCUUGCCCCAGGUUGUGCAGCCAGGGAAACUUGCUGAGGCCUUCAAGUACUUUGUGCAAGGCAUGGGCUACAUUCCGUAUGUCCUUCUCAGUCACCUGAGCAACGAAUCAGUGCCAUCCGUCGGUAUGACCCGCCUGGCUCGCUCACGCACCGCCUCCUCCUCCAGCAUCACCUCGGUGGAGAGCAGUCGUAGCCGCCAUAACCUGAACAGCCUGCUGGAGAGCAACGCCACCGCAGGGCUGGACCGCCAGGCCGGACCCCAGACCAUGGAGGUGUCCUGCUAAAAAACCCUCCCCCCCGGCCCUCCCCCAUAAGCGCACGCUCCCUUUGUAACUUACGAACCCUCGCUCACCCGCUUUCUCGCUACGUGAUUAGACAAGAGGAUGUAAUAGUUCUAUUAACACAAAGAUGACAUCCAAACACAUUCCUGAGACCAUUCAGACGUAUUGUAUAUUCACAUGUAUUUAUUUGGUCCCACCCUUGAUGUCGUCAAGUAUAUUCUCGGCAAAACAAGCUGCCACACUGUUUUUAAUCCUAACUUUGAAGUCUAAUCAUGCCGACCACAUUGAUUGGUACUCGCUGUUUUUGCAUUUUAAGUGGCGACUGGACUGCAGUAAGAUACAGGGAGCUUUAAAAAGUAAGAUAAUGUCAGCUCGGAGUAACAUUUAGUGUCAGUAAAUGUCUUUACCUUGUUUAUAUUGCCUUUUUUUUCCACCUUUUGUGUUGAUUUGAGUCAAUAACACUGUCUGACUUGUCUUUUGAUCACCCCCUUUAUAUUACUACUGAAUAAAGAGGUAGAAUAUAUGACAACUAUAGUCUGG